AGUGCGUCACUUCCGUUGUCAGGUGGCGGCGCCGCAGCCAUGGAGGGAGGCGGCGGCGGUGGCGACUCGGGUGGCUACGCUGGGAGGCUGCGGUAAGCGGCUUGCACGCCCCCGGCCCGGCCCCGGGUCCCCGGGACGGAGCGCCGAGCGGCCCCGGCUCCGGGCUGCGGACUAUGGGCGAGCAGCGCUGACCACCCCGGGAAGAGCUGAGAAUGAAGCGGAGAGCAUCAGACAGAGGAGCUGGGGAAACGUCUGCCAGGGUAAAGGCUCUAGGGAGUGGCAUUUCCGGAAAUAAUGCAAAGCGAGCUGGACCAUUCAUCCUUGGUCCCCGUCUGGGCAACUCGCCAGUGCCAAGCAUUGUGCAGUGUUUGGCAAGGAAAGAUGGCACGGAUGACUUCUAUCAGCUGAAGAUCCUUACUCUUGAGGAGAGGGGUGACCAAGGCAUAGAGAGCCAAGAGGAGAGGCAAGGCAAGAUGCUGCUGCACACCGAGUACUCUCUGCUCUCUCUCCUACACACCCAGGAUGGCGUGGUGCACCACCACGGGCUCUUCCAGGAUCGCACUUGUGAAAUCGUUGAAGACACAGAAUCCAGCCGCAUGGUUAAGAAGAUGAAGAAGCGCAUCUGCCUUGUCCUGGACUGCCUGUGUGCACAUGACUUCAGCGACAAGACUGCCGACCUGAUCAACCUGCAGCACUAUGUCAUCAAAGAGAAGAGGCUCAGUGAGCGGGAGACAGUGGUCAUCUUCUACGACGUGGUGCGCGUAGUGGAGGCCUUGCACCAGAAAAACAUUGUGCACAGAGACUUGAAGCUCGGGAACAUGGUGCUCAACAAAAGAACGCAUCGGAUAACCAUCACCAACUUCUGCCUCGGGAAGCAUCUUGUGAGCGAAGGGGACCUGCUGAAGGACCAGAGGGGGAGCCCCGCCUACAUCAGUCCGGACGUGCUCAGCGGCCGGCCGUACCGCGGCAAGCCCAGUGACAUGUGGGCCCUGGGAGUGGUGCUCUUCACCAUGCUGUAUGGCCAGUUCCCCUUUUACGACAGCAUCCCACAGGAGCUCUUCCGCAAGAUCAAGGCUGCAGAGUACACCAUUCCUGAGGACGGGCGGGUCUCUGAGAACACUGUGUGUCUCAUCCGGAAACUGCUGGUCCUUGACCCCCAGCAACGCCUGGCUGCCACUGAUGUCCUAGAAGCCCUCAGUGCCAUCAUCGCAUCAUGGCAGUCCCUGUCUUCUUUGAGCGGGCCUUUACAAGUGGUUCCUGACAUUGACGACCAGAUGAGCAGUGCAGACAGCUCCCAGGAGGCGAAGGUGACAGAGGAGUGCUCUCAGUAUGAGUUUGAGAACUACAUGCGGCAGCAGCUGCUGCUGGCUGAGGAGAAGAGUUCCAUACACGAGGCUCGGAGCUGGGUCCCCAAGCGGCAGUUCGGCAGCGUGCCCCCCGUGCGACGGCUGGGCCAUGACGCACAGCCCAUGACCUCCUUGGACACAGCCAUUCUGGCACAGCGCUAUCUGCGGAAAUAGUGGCCUCAGCCAGGGGCAGCUAGCCCCAGCGCCACCUCUUCUGGCCCCCAGCCCAAGGCCUGGCUGUCAGGGCUGGGUCCUGUAGUGCUGGACUCCCCCAGGCCGCAGUGGGGACAGGGCAGGGACAGGGACAGCCCAGGUCACACAUGGGGUCAGCAGAGGUACACAAAGCUACCUUUUGGAAUGAUUGCUUGAUUGUUUGGUUUUUUAAUCUGAGAGGCGUAGAUAACUAAUCUGCUUUUAAUCAUGACAUUUUAAUCUACCUCUGUCUCUUUAACCAUGCUGUCUCUGGACUGAGUGACGGGAGGAGGAGGGAGCCCACCCAGAUGCCCCAGGCCCUGACCCAGCUGGCCAGCCAUGGGGGCCACUGCUCCCCACAGUCCAAAUAAGCUGAAAGUGCAGCUCGCUGCUGGCUCCCAAACUGAAUGCCCACCCUUCCUACUGUCCCAGCCCCUCCCACAGUCCACGCUACCCAUCUUCUGACCCCAGCCCCUCAGUCCAAGCUUUGGAAAACCUCCCCUUCAUCUGACACCCAAUUAAAAUAUAUUUAUUUUUUUUUUAUAGACCCAACUUCCCUCCCAUUUCUAGGUGGCCCAGCUCUUGGCCACACUGCCCCACCCUGGCAGUACAGCAGGGUCUAAGCCCCCACUUGGCCUCCCUCCCAGCCCCUCUCUGCUCCCAGUCCCCAGCUCUGUCUGUUUCUGAUGAUGGGAGACCUUUCUAGACUUGGCUCUUUCUUUCGUCUCAGUAGCUUCUCUGAGGUGCUGCAUGAUUGUCCUGUUUCCUCCAUCUUUCACAUGUACCCAGGUAACCAGGUAACGUGGAUGCACAAUGUGAAGGGAGCCUGUGGCCGGGCUGGGGAGGCACACUCAGGGCCUGGCCCAGGACAUGGCCCUGCUCAUAUGCUCUCACUCCUGCACCCCACUGCGUUCUCAGAACAAACAGUGGGGCAUCGCCCCGCCUGCCCCUGCUCCGGAGAAUGCCCCUCCACGGCAGGCAUUAGCCAGGGCCUUCCUGGGGCUGGGAGACGAGGAGGUAGGGGGAGAAAUGUAGGUAUUGAGGUGCUGCUCUGCCUGGCUUGAGAACAGCCCUGCUACCCUUUGAGCCAUGAUUUUGAAGUGGAUGCCAGUCUUGCCAGAAAUGCUGUUCUCACCAGAAUGCCCUGCCCUGUCCCCCUCCUCACUGGACUUGGCCCUGCCCAGUGUCAAGCAAGGACUCUUCCCUGGACACCUACCCUCCAUGUGUCUUCUGCAAGGCCGAGUGUCUCUUCAGGCAUCCCCAGGCCCUUCUUGCCUGUCCUUGCUCCUCACUGUGUUUCCCAGAGCGUGAGCUGCCUCCAACCCCCAAAAUAGCUGACUCACUGUGAGUGACAUUGGGCAAGUUCCCAAACUUCCUUGUGCCUCAGUUUCCCCAUCUGGAAAAAAUGGGGCCACCUCUUGCCAGCAGUAGCAGGGCCGCCCAUCCCCCUUCUUCCCCAUGUCCCAAUCCUGCACUUGGGCGCCUCCUGCCUUGCCUCAGUGGGUCUGCGGGAGCACCCAGCUCCGCUUCUAGCUCAGCCAUCGGCCACUGAGAGCCAGGGCACGGUGCUGUGCUCUUUUCUAUAUUUAUUUGAUAAAGUCUCCUAAAGGAGCAGAAAUGUGGUCGGCCUGGACUCCCAGCCCUGGGCCUGUCCUCCGGUGAGGCUCGGGCCUGGCCAGGGCUUGCCAUGUUGGGGCCCACUUUCCAUGUGUGGUCUUUCUCCUCCUUUUCCAAGCAAUAUCCUCGGGUCUGCACAGCCUGUCAGAUAGACUGGUUCCUCCCAAGGGGAGCCCAUGAGUCUGAUGGCCUUUCUGGAGACGCAGAUGAGAGGAGGUUGAGUCUGCCCUCACUGGUGUCACACACUGAGAGAAGUCCUAUUGUAAAGAAAACAAAAUGGAAAAUGUCACAAAAAUGUUUGUAUAAAGACAUAUUUUUGUACUACAUGGGGACUCUACCUGCAUGUCAGCAAUAAAACUUCCUUGUCUGGA